UUAUGGUUUGAUAUUCGGUGAUCGUUACCACUGCAAGCUUAGAAGAUUGCGUUCGAAAGAUGCAAGAAGCGGAUUCUGCCUCCGAACUGCAGAGAGGCCAGCAGGUUGGUCAACGUCUGAGGAAUCUUAGAGAGCGGGCAAGUGAUUCUUUCCAUCUCACGCCAUCUAGACUCCGUUAUCGGAUGCGCUUGUCUCCAUCGACUAGCCCUUAUGUACCUAGUAGGCCGGUGCCCAAUCGCUCCUUCCGUUAUAUGUUCCACCUUCGAGUCAACAACACCUUAGAGCCAAGGACUUGAUUCCCUAAGCGGCUCUUGACUGUGGGCAUUGAUGUAGGCAGCAGUUGCUGUCGAGCGUUUUUUUCUUUCCGAGUCAUUUCCCAGUUUCACGAUAAAGACAAAGAGAAACAAACAAGGACAUAUCAAAACGAGGAGCUGAGGUAUCUGAAGAUCAUGGAGCUGAAUGAAACCCACAGUUCUAGUGUUUUCGACCGCCGCACCGAAGGAGGCAUUGUCGUCUUCAAUAAGAACUUCCGCACCAUUACGUUCUCAGAUAAUGGCUUCAAUGUCAGAUUCACCGUGUUUGGCCCGGAUGUUUCAAGCCAACCUCGGAAAUUAAAUAAAGUGACGGUUGGGCAGUUCGAAUUCCGGCUUCUCUCCAAGCCAGAAGUCCCGUCUCCAACGACCCGGAACACGAGGUGUCGCCGUCUCCACGGGCAACCUCCGGCUUCUCGCCCUCAACAAGUUCGCUCCUGCGAGGCCGCAUCUGCUUCCUCUCGCGCAGGACGGUUUCCGGGGACAGUACGAGGCGCGCGACGGCGACGACAUCGGGGCACUGUGGCAGGUCCUACCUGGCCAUCUUCAACUGCGACGUCGACAGCGGAUGCAGCCGACUGCACAAGCACAUGCAGAUCUUGCCGGCUCCCGACGCCGAGCAGUUCGUCCUGUGGCCGGACGUGGUCCACGACCCUCAGCCUAUCGCUCGGUCCGGGUCUGCGCCGGUGCCUUCAAGUGCUUUCUACACAGGUUUAAGCACGGGUUUCCCCCGGCCGACGCCAUUUUAGUCAUUUAUCAACGGCUUCUUCGCCAGACGGAGGACGUCCUCGAUGCGUGUGGCCGGCCGGGGGCGGGGGCAACAAUCGGGCAGUGCCCCAUAAUGUGCUUCUCGACAAGAAGUGGAUUCUGGUCGUUCCGAGGCGAAUCGCUGGGUUGAGCGGAGCAGUUGCGAAUGCGGUCGCUACUAUGCUGGGAAUGGUGUGGGUGUCUGAUGAGGAGAAGUUGGGAAUUUGAUUCAGGCAGGGGCCUGCGCAAGUCCUCGCUCACGUCGGUAUACCGGCUGAUGCCGUUGAAGAGUACCGUGACAGCUGCUAGUCAACUCCGCAGAUAUGAGAGCGGCUGUGCAGGUUGCGGCCUAACCCAAUUUCCGCCGUUCCGCGUUGAUCCGAUCCCGAUGUGGUCGGUCGGCAUAGCCUCCAAACCCGGGGGGCCGGGUCUAAGCCUCGUUUCUGGCCAGUCGUCUGCACG